AUGCAGUGCCUGAACAAGAUCAUGGCAGAAUCACUGGGCCUCGUCACCAUCUGCCUUUUAGGAUAUCUACUCAGUGCUGAAUGUACAGUUUUUCUUGAUCGUGAAAAUGCCACCAAAAUUCUGACUCGGCCAAAGAGGUAUAAUUCAGGUAAAUUGGAAGAGUUUGUUCGAGGAAACCUUGAGAGAGAAUGUAUAGAAGAAAAGUGUAGUUUUGAAGAAGCACGAGAAGUCUUCGAAAACACUGAAAAAACUACUGAAUUUUGGAAGCAAUAUGUUGAUGGAGAUCAGUGUGAGUCCAAUCCAUGUUUAAAUGGCGGUAUGUGCAAGGAUGACAUUAAUUCCUAUGAAUGUUGGUGUCAACCUGGAUUUGAAGGAAAGAACUGUGAAUUAUACGCAACAUGCAGCAUUAAGAAUGGCAGAUGCAAGCAGUUUUGUAAAAACAGCGCUGAUAACAAGGUGAUUUGUUCCUGUACUGCAGGAUACCGGCUUGCAGAAGACCAAAAGUCCUGUGAACCAGCAGUGCCAUUCCCAUGUGGAAGAGUUUCUGUCUCACAUGCUUCUCUGAAGCCCACCCGUGCUGAGACUAUUUUUUCCAAUAUGGAUUCUGAAAACUCUACUGAAGUUGGAACAAUUUGGGAUAACAUCACUCGAGUUGUUGGUGGAGAAAACGCCAAACCAGGUCAAUUCCCUUGGCAGGUCCUUUUGAAUGGUAAAAUUGAUGCAUUCUGUGGAGGUUCCAUCAUUAAUGAAAAAUGGGUCGUAACUGCAGCCCACUGUAUUGAACCUGGUGUUAAAAUUACCGUUGUUGCAGGUGAACAUAAUACUGAGGAGACAGAUCAUACAGAGCAGACGCGAAAUGUGAUUCGUGCUAUUCCUCACCACAGCUACAAUGCAACUGUUAACAAAUACAACCAUGACAUUGCCCUUCUGGAACUGGAUAAACCCUUAACACUAAAUAGCUAUGUAACACCUAUUUGCAUUGCUGACAGGGAAUACACGACCAUCUUCCUCAAAUUUGGAUCUGGCUAUGUGAGUGGCUGGGGGAGAGUCUUCCACAGAGGGAGAUCAGCUUCAAUUCUUCAGUACCUUAAAGUUCCACUUGUUGAUCGAGCCACGUGCCUUCGGUCCACAAAGUUCACCAUCUAUAAUAACAUGUUCUGUGCUGGCUUCCAUGAGGGAGGUAAAGAUUCAUGCCAAGGAGACAGUGGUGGACCCCAUGUUACUGAAGUGGAAGGCACCAGUUUCUUAACUGGAAUUAUUAGCUGGGGUGAAGAGUGUGCAGUGAAAGGAAAAUACGGAAUAUAUACCAAGGUAUCCCGAUAUGUCAACUGGAUUAAGGAAAAAACAAAGCUCACUUAA